AGACGAGAGCAACGACGACGAUCGAGCAGAUACCGAGAAUAAGAGAAGUGGACGUGAAUGCGGUCUGUGCGACUCGGCCGAGGAUACUCCUCCUUCGAUGGAUCGAAAAAUUCUCAUCCUCGCUCAUAUCCUGGGAAUCUGCUCUGGUCUGCGAGAGGUCCGUGUCCAGAUACCGACGGCCGUAAGGAAAGGAGACACGGCCUUGCUGAAUUGUUGGUAUGAUAUAGAACAAGACCCGUUGUAUGCAGUCAAGUGGUACAAAGGGGGUCGAGAGUUUUAUCGUUACGCUCCGAACGAGAACCCAGUCGUCAAGACAUUUCCCAAUGGGAACUUGACGGUAAAGAAAUCGGAGAGCAACGCGACGCAAGUAGCUUUGACCAAUCUCGAGCUGGAUGCUGCAGGCUUGUACAGCUGCGAGGUAUCCGCAGACGCACCCUCCUUCCACACGGCCAUGAUUUCGGCCACCAUGAAUGUCGUCGAAUUACCCUCUCAAAGGCCUUCGAUACACGGACUAAGGAGGAAAUACCGGAUCGAAGAUAGACUUCGUUUGAACUGCACAUCCGGACGUAGCAAGCCGGCGGCCAAUCUCACCUGGUACAUCAACGAUCGACAGCCCAUUCCAUCCCACGUGAAAACGUACAGUCCGUUGGACACGAACGAGUCCGAAUGGCAGGUGUCCCAAAUCGGCCUUCAAUUUCUCGUGACGCACGACCACUUCGUGAACGGCAAGCUGAAAAUACGUUGCAGCGCUUCGAUAUACGACAUUUAUUGGCAGAGCACGGAAGUGAGCGCCGAGGAGGAUCGCCCAAGGGUUAUACACUAUGAACCCGCGGCGACUAUAAUUGGUAUCAACUAUCUUCAACCACCUCCUAAUUUUCAAACCGGCCAGAAGAAGCCCGAUGGUCAAGUCGGCGUCAAAGGUGACUUUUACUCCGUAGCUCCAUGUAAUCUUGGACGAGAUAAAUUCGAAUCGCGUCCUGCGGUUUAUCGGAAAUUGGAAAGAGAGAAUCGGAUGGGCUGCUGCGGGUGUUCGGACGAGGUCUCCUCCAAGGUGGAGCCCGGAACUCCGGAAAACGAAGAGAUGGCAGCGAGGAGAUCCGAGAGAAUAUUCGUAACCGAUCGAUCCUGUACCGAUUUGUUAACUCUAAUUAUUCUAAUUGCAUUGCUCGGAGGUUUCGCAUUUCUAAUAACAAAUGCGGUAAAAAAGGGAGACAUAUAUCGUAUAAUAUAUGGAUACGAUAACUGCGGUAACGUUUGCGGUCGUAUCACGCCGAGCGAAAAUGAUCCUGCAUUUAGUUGCAAGGGUGCGGACUACAGCAAUCGUCCGUAUUUGAAAAUGCAGAUCGAAACAAACGGUAUAAAAACUCGGCAAUGCGUCGACAAUUGCGACGACCCGGACUAUCACAUAUUCUUUCUAAAUCGCUGUAUACCUAAAAAACUAACAGACACCGCCAUAUCUCUGAUCAAACGCCUCGGAUUAGAAAAUUUCUACAAAGAAGUAUCAACUGAUCUCAGAGUAGCUUGGAGAGAGCUGAUGUAUCUCUGUCUAAUCGCACUUGCAUUUUCUCUCGGUAUUCUAAUAGCCUUCCGUUAUAUGGUACAGUGGAUCGUUUAUAUCGUAUUGAUCGGUGUAAUCGUUGCCUGCAUCGGUGGUACGACUUAUCUUUGGAUGGCCUGGUAUCAAGAGAAAAAAGAAUUGGAAUCGAAGGAUAUAUCGGAGAAAGAAAAUUUUGAAGAGGACUCGAGCCUGCAAGCGUAUUUUAUUUACGCCAUCGUCAUGUCGGUCGUCACGGUGAUCACUCUACUGAUCGUUUUGGUGAUGAGAAAAAGGAUCGCUUUGGUGAUGCAGCUCUUUCGCGAAGCAGGAAAGGCAGUAUACUCGAUGCCUGCUCUACUUCUUCAACCAAUCUAUACGUACCUGCUCAUUGGUCUAAGCAUGUUCGCUUGGAUUUAUUGCAUGCUCUGGAUCGAAAGCGCCGGUACCGUUUACAGAAAUAAACUAAGGAUUAAUUUUAGGAAGGAUGCUCUUUUGAUAACUGCCAGGUGGUACAAUCUCUUUGUUUUCUUCGUCAUGUGUGAGUUUUUCCUUGGUUGUCAGCACAUGGUCGUGGCACUCGCGGUAGCUCGUUGGUUUUUUACAAGAGAUAAGAAGAGACUGUCGUUGACCGUGACUAAAGGAUUUGGAUAUCUCAUAAGAUAUCAUUUGGGUACAAUAGCUUUCGGUGCUCUGAUAAUCGGAAUAGUUCGUUUGGUCAGAGCGAUGAUCUCCUUCGUACAGAAUCGUUUGAAGAAGUUCGACAACGACCUGGUGAGAGGAAUUCUAUGGUGUUGUCAGUGUUGUCUUUGGUGCUUCGAGUGCGCUCUCAAGUUUCUCACCAGAAAUGCUUAUAUCGAGACAGCUAUAUACGGAUGCAACUUUUGUACCGGCGGCAAAAAGGCUUUCCAAGCACUUUCGAGUAAUAUUUUGAGGGUCGCAGCUAUUAACAGUGUUGGAGAUUUCGUUUUGUUCCUGGGAAAAGUGUUGGUAGUGGUGUUGACCGUUAUAACUGGAAUUUAUUUGAUACAGAAGAAGGAAGGAUUGCAACAUCCCUGGGUGCCAAUUGCCCUGGCUGGGGUAUUGGCUUUUCUCGUUUCGCAUUGCUUCAUUUCGAUUUACGAAAUGAUCAUAGACUCCAUAUUCCUUUGCUUUUGCGAGGAUUGUGCGAAAAAUGACGGCAUUAGUAGGCCGUACUUUAUGAGCCGUGGACUGAUGGAGUUUGUGGAAAAUAGCAAGAAAGCGCUACGUCAGAUGGACGAAACCCAAUGACACGACGUUGAUUAUCCGAGAAAGCAGGCAAUUUAUCUUUGAUAAAUGUCCAACGUGAUUUCUCGCUUUUCAGUUUUUUUCUUCUUCGAGACAAACGAAACAAAAACAAGAAAAGAAUGAAAUGUCUCUGACGUAUUUCAAUAUCGAUAAAAUAGAAUUUUUUUUUUUUUUUUUUCUAAAUCGUGUUGAGAGUUCUAGGAAUUCUUUGGAAAUAAAUUAAACGGAAGAAAUACUUACGAACGACGCCAAUGUUAUGAAUCAUCGAACGGAGUCACAAGAGAUUUCUUUCAAUACUAGAAAGACUGUCAAUUUAUUCCUGGAAACUUUGCGACGUUCAACGCUUCGCGAGAUCGUCGAGAUCUCGUUCAGGGCUAAUUUCUUAACGCACACAUCAACGAAGAUAGAUUAGGUACAAAAUAUCGAUUCUUGUUCCUAAGAAACAUUACGUACAACGUAAGAGAAGAGAUCGAAAUCAAAACCGGAAUCAGUAAAAGGAAGAAACAAGUGAAAAAAAAGUGAUCGCAUAUUUUUAUACGACAAAGUUACAAUCUCCAUAAAUGCAAUACCUUUUCCAUUAACUUUACUCGCGCAAAUGCUUUGGAUAUGUCUUUUAUAUAUACAUAUAUAUUUUUUUUUUAAUUCAAUAGAUAUUCCUUAAAGCGAAAUCGAUUACCUCGUUAUUCGCAAAGUAUUACCACGGGAGAAUUUUAUGCUCGUUAUUAUAUUUACGUACAUGUUUACUAACAAACAGCCCAUUGUGAUUAUACAGACUGCAUUGUAAAUAAAUAUAUUCCAUAAAUCUUGAUACUACGAUAUAAAAUAACAUUGGUAUAAUUCUUGCAUCGCAGUUGCAUGUUCAUCGUUGAAAAUACGACAUCACGACUUUGGAAUCGUACGAGCAUAGUUAAUGUUAUUAUUUAUACUUUAUAGAGUUACAGCUACUAUUGUUAGUGCCGUCUAUUACUACUGUACGAUUAGGAAAAUACAAUUCUAUACGGUUUGUUUCUAUA